AUGCCCAGCAGCGGCCGGCAUGGAAUCGUUCCUAUUCAACCCUACCGAUUCCACCGUACUCAGGUUCCUGCCCGUGGUAAUGACGAUGGCACAAACCCUCUUCUUGUCCGGACAGACCGUGGCCCCGAGGCUGGCCAAUCUCGUGGACCAGGCAAUGAAGCUUUUACCGAUUGGGUUCAUGGCAUGGAACCCGUAUCUACUGGACGUUUGCUCCCUAUGGACAGCCCGGCCAUUGGAGGCCAAGGUGCUCCAGGCUUUGGCGUUAUCACGCGCCCAGACGGAAUUCACGUUCAUGUUGAUAGACGAGCUAUUUUGCCCAACCGCAAUCAAGAUAUUUUCGGGCUUGGUAGGCCACAAGCACCCCCCUCUCGCACUCGGGAUGAUCCAUCUCAAGCUGUGAGCUUUGCAUUGGCGACGACUAGAAGUCGCUGGCAGGAGGAGGCUCGUAUUCUGUUUAGCAGCACAUACGUUGAAAAGACACAGCGCGUUGUCAACUCUUUGCUAAAAAUACUGGUUCCUCCUGCUAUUGAAGAAGAGAAGGAGCGAGAGAAGAAGAUGGCGGAGGAGCUUAAGCGACGAGAGGAAGAAUUAGCUGAGAGGGAACGCCAAGAACGUAUUGCUAAGGAAGAAGAAGAAAGGGAGCAGCAGCGGAAAGAAGAAGAAGAAAAUGCUAGGCGACAGCAAGAAAGGGAGCAGCAAGAAGCUGAAAUGCAAGCCUCAGGUGUUACCUCUGAGCCUAUGGACGAUGUACAGCCGACAGAUGCCCCAGCUGAAGCUGCAACCCCGCCAGUGCAAGCAGAAACGGGGCCGUCUGAACCUCAACCUCGCGUGCAUACUACUAUUAGAGGUCGCGAGCUUGACAUUACUGGGAUGGAAAUCGACCCUGAGUAUCUUGAGGCCCUGCCCGAGGAGCUUAGAGAAGAAGUAAUCAUGCAACAACUUGCAGAGCAACGCUCUCAGGCAGCUGCAGCUGGUGAAGAGCCUAGUGAGAUCAACCCAGAGUUCCUGGAAGCCUUGCCCCCAGAGAUUCGGGAAGAGCUAUUACAGCAGGAAGCUGCCGACCGUCGCCGCCGGGAGCGGGAAAGUGCACGCAGACAAGGAGCCUCUGGUGGCGCUCCUCCCCGCGCUGAAGACAUGGAUGCCGCUAGUUUCCUUGCUACCCUGGACCCUUCAUUACGGCAAGCCGUACUCGCUGACCAACCCGAGGAGAUACUAGCAACGCUGGGGCCGGAAUUUGUCACCGAAGCACGAGCUCUACCUGGCAGGCGCCUGACCCAAUUUGGUGAUAUUGCCAGAGUUGAUCAUCGGCAAAGGAAUGAGCCAACCGACGAACAAGAGCCGAAGAAGCAACAGCGGCGUCAGAUCGUCCAAAUGCUUGACAAAGCCGGUGUUGCUACAUUGCUCCGCCUCAUGUUUAUGCCACUUCAAGGCAAUGCACGUCAUCAGUUGAAUGACAUUCUGCAUAACGUGUGUGAGAACCGCCAGAAUCGGGUUGAAGUAAUUAGUCUUCUACUUUCUGUCUUGCAGGAUGGAAGCUCAGAUGUUUCUGCAAUCGAGCGCAGUUUUGCUCAACUUUCGCUCCGGGCCAAAUCUCCCUCGGUCCAGAAGACCCCGCAGUCUGUCAAGCGCAACCUGGCCUUCCAAACCUCCUCGAGCGUCAGCAAUGAAGUGACUCCAAUUAUGGUGGUACAACAAUGCCUCGGGACUCUUUCGUUCCUGUCUCAGUACAAUCCUCAUAUCGCGUGGUUUUUCUUGACUGAGCAUGAUCCUUCGUCUACAUUGAAGUUGAAGGCCUUCCGCAAAGGCAAGGGCAAGGAAAACAAGGCCAAUAAGUUCGCCCUUAAUGCGCUACUUACUCUCCUUGAUCGAAAAUUGAUUAUGGAAAGCCCGAAUUGUAUGGAGCAGCUUUCUAGCCUCCUCAGCAGCAUCACACAGCCACUCACUCUGCUAUCUCGUCGUGAGAAGGAGAAGCAAGAAGAAGAAGACAAGGGCAAAAAGCCUGAACCAGCACAGGAUGAUAGGUCGACUGAGGAGCAGCAGCAGCAGCAGCAGCAGCAGCAGCAACAGGAACAACCGUCCGAGGCUGCAGAACCUACGACCUCUGCUGCAGAUACAACGAUGACAGAUGCUCCUCUGCCUAGUGUAGAGAACACUGAGGCGCAAAGCACAACAGCGCAGCCCGAGGAGGGUACAUCAGCAGAGCCCUCUAAAUCAGAGACAGGGAAGGGUUCAGCCGAAGAUGAGAAACAUAAAAAGAAGUCUAUAGAACCGCCCGUUGUUCCAGAUCACAACCUGCAGCUUGUUGUCCAUAUUCUUGCUGCUCGCGAAUGCAACGGCAAAACUUUUAGGGAAACGCUUUCGACAAUUAACAAUCUUUCAGCCAUCCCUAAGGCCAGGGAUGUAAUUGGGAAUGAGUUAGUCCAUCAGGCACAGGACUUGAGCACUACUAUCUUAACGGACCUGGAUGAAUUAUUGUCCCAUAUUAAUCAAGCCCGGACCGGAACCGACAUGCAGGGCUUGGCUCUGGCUAAAUUCUCGCCAGCUAGCUCCGAUCAAGCGAAACUGCUACGUGUGUUAACGGCACUUGACUACUUGUUUGAUCCUAGUCGAUCGGAUAAGGCCAAGGGAGGCGAUUCCGAGCAAGUAGCCAAGGAGGAUGUCCUACAGACCCUGUACGAAAGUUCUACAUUCGGGCCUCUCUGGACAAGGCUAAGCGAAUGCUUGACCCUUAUACGGCAGAAGGAGAAUAUGCUGAACGUCGCAACAAUCCUCUUGCCCCUGAUCGAAGCAUUGAUGGUCGUUUGCAAGAAUACCUCACUGAAAGAGACUCCUCUUUCUCGGAACGCUCGAGAGCUGUCUGUGUCUAGCACUUCUGUCGGCGCUGGUUUGAAUAUGGAGAGUCUUUUCUUCAAGUUCACGGAGGAACAUCGCAAGAUACUAAACGAACUUGUUCGUCAGAACCCAAGGUUAAUGAGCGGCACUUUCUCCUUGCUUGUCAAGAAUCCGAAGGUCUUGGAGUUCGAUAACAAGCGCAAUUACUUCACCCGUCGUAUCCAUUCCCGUGGUGCAGAGCCUCGUCAUCCUCAUCCUCCGCUUCAACUCUCUGUUAGGAGAGAUCAAGUGUUCCUUGAUUCAUUCAAAUCCCUAUAUUUCAAGUCGGCAGAUGAGUUGAAGUAUGGCAAACUGAAUGUGCGCUUCCAUGGUGAGGAGGGUGUUGAUGCAGGAGGCGUAACCAGAGAAUGGUUCCAAGUUCUCGCACGCGGCAUGUUCAAUCCGAACUACGCUUUGUUUAUUCCUGUUGCUGCCGACCGGACUACCUUCCACCCCAAUCGCCUGAGCGGUGUGAACUCGGAGCACCUUAUGUUCUUCAAGUUUAUUGGACGAAUCAUUGGCAAGGCUCUGUAUGAAGGCCGGGUGCUCGAUUGCCACUUCAGCCGCGCUGUCUACAAGUGUAUUCUUGGACGUUCGGUAUCUAUCAAGGAUAUGGAGACACUCGAUCUCGACUACUAUAAAUCUCUCCUCUGGAUGCUCGAGAACGAUAUUACUGACAUCAUCACCGAAACUUUCGCCGUGGAGACUGAUGACUUUGGUGAGAAGCAAGUGAUCGAUCUUGUGGAAAAUGGAAGCAAUAUCCCGGUCACUCAAGAAAACAAGGAGGAGUACGUGCAGCGCGUCGUGGAUUAUCGUCUCGUACGAUCCGUCAAGGAGCAGCUCGACAAUUUCCUCAAGGGGUUCCAUGAGAUCAUCCCAGCAGAUCUGAUCUCUAUUUUCAAUGAACAAGAACUUGAGUUGUUGAUUUCUGGCCUUCCCGAGAUUGAUGUGGACGACUGGAAGGCUAAUACCGAGUAUCACAACUACUCGGCCUCAUCGCCUCAAAUUCAGUGGUUCUGGCGUGCUGUUCGCUCAUUUGACAAAGAAGAGCGGGCCAAGCUGCUACAAUUUGUCACCGGAACGAGUAAGGUACCACUCAACGGCUUCAAGGAGCUUGAAGGUAUGAAUGGAGUUAGUAGAUUCAACAUUCAUCGCGAUUACGGCAAUAAGGAUCGCCUUCCCAGCGCGCACACAUGUUUCAACCCCGGUAGCGAAUACUUCGGGUUCGCAUAG